AUGGCACCCCGACCGCUGCUCCUGCUCCUUGGUCUCUGCUCAGCCAGCCUCGUCCUGGGCUCAGAGCAUGAGACCCGUCUGGUGGCAAAGCUGUUUGAAAAUUACAACCGAGUGGUGCGGCCCGUGGAAGACCACCGCCACAUCGUGGAGGUCACCGUGGGCCUGCAGCUGAUUCAGCUCAUCAACGUGGAUGAAGUAAAUCAGAUUGUGACAACCAAUGUUCGUCUGAAGCAGCAAUGGGUGGAUUACAACCUCAAAUGGAACCCGGAUGACUAUGGCGGCGUGAAAAAAAUCCACAUCCCCUCGGAAAAGAUCUGGCGCCCGGACCUGGUGCUUUAUAACAAUGCAGAUGGUGACUUUGCCAUUGUCAAGUUCACCAAGGUGCUCCUGGACCACACCGGCCACAUCACGUGGGUGCCUCCGGCCAUCUUUAAAAGCUACUGUGAGAUCAGUGUCACCCACUUUCCCUUUGACGAGCAGAACUGCAGCAUGAAGCUGGGCACCUGGACCUACGACGGCUCCAUGGUGGCCAUCAACGCGGAGAGCGACCAGCCUGACCUGAGCAAUUUCAUGGAGAGCGGCGAGUGGGUCAUCAAGGAGGCCCGGGGCUGGAAGCACUGGGUGUUCUAUGCCUGCUGCCCCUCCACCCCCUACCUGGACAUCACCUACCACUUCGUCAUGCAGCGCCUGCCUCUCUACUUCAUCGUCAAUGUCAUCAUUCCCUGUCUGCUCUUCUCCUUCCUGACGGGCCUGGUGUUCUACCUGCCCACGGACUCAGGUGAGAAGAUGACGCUGAGCAUCUCGGUCCUGCUGUCCCUGACCGUGUUCCUUCUGGUCAUUGUGGAGCUGAUCCCGUCCACCUCCAGUGCCGUGCCCCUGAUUGGGAAAUACAUGCUGUUCACCAUGGUCUUCGUCAUCACCUCCAUCAUCAUCACCGUGAUCGUCAUCAACACCCACCACCGCUCUCCCAGCACCCACGUCAUGCCCGAGUGGGUGCGGAAGGUUUUUAUCGACACGAUCCCAAACAUCAUGUUUUUCUCCACAAUGAAAAGGCCAUCCCGAGAAAAGCAGGACAGGAAGAUUUUUACCGAAGACAUUGAUAUCUCUGACAUCUCCGGGAAGCCGGGCCCGCCGCCCGUGGGCUUCCCCUCCCCGCUGAUCAAACACCCGGAGGUGAAAAGUGCCAUCGAGGGUAUCAAGUACAUCGCCGAGACCAUGAAGUCGGACCAGGAGUCCAACAAUGCGGCUGAGGAAUGGAAGUAUGUUGCCAUGGUGAUGGACCACAUCCUGCUGGGCGUCUUCAUGCUGGUCUGCAUCAUUGGAACUCUGGCUGUGUUUGCCGGGCGGCUCAUUGAAUUACAUCAGCAAGGAUGAACAGAGGGCUGGACCAGGCCCCCCUCAGCGCCCCGGGGACAAGCCAGAGCUGGAGAAAGGAAGGGAAAGGAAGAGGGCCCUGCCUGGGGACGCCCUCAUGUACCAACCGUUUUGAUUGUCUGUGUCCAAU